UGUGAAGAACAAUGAGGGGCAAUAUUGAGGCCUCAAAACAAAGAUCCAAUGAGAAACAUGGGACAACAAAACGCACAAGAAUCAUCAGAAUCAUAGGAAGAAGCUUGUUGAGUGUAAUAAUCCUUAUUGGUCUUGCAAUUAUCACAUGUUGGAUUGUUGUCUUCCCCAAAACCCCACGUUUCCUUGUGGAAACUGGCCAAGUCAUAGCCAUUAGUUCAACUCGUACUAUGCUUAAUGCUACCAUAGCUUACACUGUCAAAAGCUACAACCCCAACAAAAGAGCCUCCAUUCAUAUGGAUUCUAUGAGGAUGAUAGUCACUAAUAUGGGCCAGACGUUUUCCUCCGACAUCCCGACGUUCACGCAAAAGCCAGGAAACUUGACCGUCUUGUCCUCCGCCGUUCAAGGUAACUUUGAAUAUCCAUUUGGGUUCAAGGAAGAGAUAGAUCCAAAUCUUCGCUUUGAAGCUAAAGUCAGUUAUAGUGUCGAGAGAUGGAUGUCGAAACCUCGAUUGCUGGAGAUCUAUUGUGAUCGUCUUUGGCUUCUGAUCAAUGAUUCUAGAACUUUUGAGAAUACUGAAUGCAAAGUUGAUCUUUGAGAUUUGAUCUUGGUGUGUGUUAUUCUUUUGAAUAAUCUCAAUGAUUUGUAACAGAAAGUUUCAAAUUAUUUUUGUUUUGUUUUAUUGUUUCUUUAUGGACAGAGAAUUCUUGCAUUUUCUUUUUUGCAUAAUGAAGAAGAAUGGUAUGAAAGAUUUGAGAGAGGGUUGAGAGAAAUUUUCUUUGGGGAUAGCUGACUGAAAAAAGUAGGGUGGAAUUGUAGAUUUAUAAUUUAUUGUAGUGUGUGUGAAGAAGAAGAAAAAAGUAAUAAUUGUGAGCAUAUCCAUAUAGUUUGAAACCUCUCAAACCAAUUUAAUUUGGAGAAAGGGCAAAGAAAGUCUCAUUUUUUUUAUUAUAAAGAAAAGAAAAAUUCUUUCUCCA